AUGGCGUCGACGCGGUUCGCCAGUUUACCCGAGAUGCUGCACUGCCUCGCAGAGCAGAUCACAAGUUCCCGAGAGCUCCUCACCCUCUGCCUGGUGAACGGAGCCUUCCGGGAUGUGUUCCUCCCGGCAUUAUACCGGAAGGUCACCAUCGUGCCGCCGGGGACCGAGUUCGCAGUGUCGAGCUUCGCAGAAGAGUGUUGUGUGCAGUACACGCGGCACUUGACGAUUGCCUGCGAUCCCAGCCCCGCGGAGACUGGGAACGACGAAACAGGCCGCACAAUCUUGCGAAAAUUACUACCAAACAUGCCUGGUUUACAAAGCUUCACGGAUCUCAUGUUGAUCAACAUCUACGGAGACCUGAGUUGUUGGAGGACAGAGAUCGCCCGUUUAUUGCGGAACGUGCCCGCCCUCCGAGCUCUCCAGCUGUCUCUCCACCCCCUCGUCAUCAAGAGACGCACCCCCGGCGACGAAACGGAGAUCAAUGCGUUCUUCGACCGCCUGUGCCGCGAGUACCAAGGGACCGGAGCUGCACCCCUCCGGCUCCGCACACUACACCUCGGCCAAGGGAUGUGUCCCAAGCAGCCCGGGUGGCUAGCUCGGCUUACCGACCCCGGCGUCCUCGAGGCAGUGGACAUCGACAACUCGGGCUACGCGGCCCAGGAGAUGAUGCUUGGCAUCCAGUGGCCGGACACCCCUUGGCUCGCCCCCCCGUGGCGCCCACUGAUCGACUUCAGCGCCAUCAAGGACUGCCCCCGCCUCCGCCGCUUCUCCGUGGCCGAAUAUACGUGGGACGUCCACCAAGUCCUCGCGUCGCUUCCAGACCCGUCCACCACCCGCCAACUAGCCGUCUCCUGCGGCGACAUGUGGACGACGGGCCAGGAGCCAGCCGCCCUCCUCCGACCGGAUCCGAGGUACCCAUCGCUUCCCCUCCGCCUGCGCUCGAUGGACAUCAACCUCAGGCGAUGUCCAUCAGCAGAAGCGGUCCUGCAAGACCUCGUGGCGGUCGAUGACGGAACGCUGGAGGGCCUGACCGUGUGGUUCGACGACACAAACUGGUUCGACGACACCGACGGGUAUAAUCCGUCGUACUCGAAGACAGUGGAUGUGGACCAGAUCGAACACAUGGCCCUGUUCCUCGACGCGCUCCCGAAGCUACGCAACCUGACGGAGCUCGCCGUCGAGCUGGCCGUGCUGGAGUCCCCGACGCGCAACCCAAGCCCGUGGGAGUACAGCUAUUUCGAUCCGUCGAUGCGGCCGCACGAGGACUUCGAGACGCUGGCUGCCAAGCUCGCCGACGCAGCGGGCCCACGCCUGCGCUACAUUGAUCUGCGGGCUGCGGCGAGGCUCGUGCGCUGGCGUGUGUGGCGUGAUCCGGACGGCACUGUCGCGAGGCUGGAGUUGCUGGACAACGACAGCAGGGAGGUCGAGGAGGUCGAGAUCUUUUGGGAGCCGGCGGGGGGGAGAAGGCACUCGGGUGACCAGUGGGACGGGUGA